AUGGCAUUGGCAAGAAUUGCUAGGGCCAACCUGAGAAGAUCAGAGGGUACUUUUGGCAAUUAUGCACCUGAGAUGAACGUACUGUCUGAGGGAAGAGCAUACACAAGCACAUUCUCAUCAACAUCACCUUAUUACCAUGUAAAUUCCAAGGCAGGUGACGAUCUUUCAUAUAAUCCAAGCAUUAAGGAACAGAACUGGAUGAAUUUCUCAAUGAGGGGAAUAUCAGCAACUCCUUAUUAUCAGCAUCCUUCUGCCAGUACAGAGAGGGUUCUGGAGGAGUCCGAUUCGGAGCUGGAACAUGAUGAGUCAAGAUAUGCAGGACUAGAGGCAACAAAGCCAGGUGAGAAGCCAAGGGUGGUUGUUCUUGGAACAGGUUGGGCUGCUUGCAGGUUCUUGAAAGGGCUAGACACCAGAAUCUAUGAUGUUGUGUGUAUAUCACCUAGGAACCAUAUGGUCUUCACUCCUUUGCUGGCUUCAACAUGUGUUGGAACACUUGAAUUCAGGUCUGUUGCUGAGCCUGUCAGCAGAAUACAGAAUGCACUGUCAAAUGGCCCCAGUUCCUACUUCUUUCUGGCUUCUUGCACUAGCAUUGACACAAACAAGCAUGAGGUGUACUGUGAGGCAGUUAAUAAUGGUGGAUUACCUAGGGAGCCUUACCAGUUUAAAGUGGCAUAUGACAAGCUUGUGAUUGCAGCCGGAUCUGAGCCUUUGACUUUUGGUAUCAAGGGAGUGAAGGAGCAUGCAUUUUUCCUUCGUGAAGUAAACCAUGCUCAAGAAAUUCGGAAAAGACUUCUCCUCAACCUUAUGCUUUCUGAAAAUCCUGGCAUAUCAGAAGAAGAAAAGAAGCGACUUUUGCAUUGUGUAGUUAUUGGUGGUGGUCCUACAGGAGUGGAAUUCAGCGGUGAAUUGAGUGAUUUCAUCAUGGGAGAUGUUCAUAAGCGCUAUACUCAUGUUAAAGAUUACAUUCGUGUCACACUCAUCGAGGCAAACGAGAUAUUGUCAUCCUUUGAUGUUAGCCUACGAAAAUAUGCUAUAAGGCACUUAACAAAGAGUGGGGUUCAUCUAAUGAAGGGUGUUGUGAAGGAGGUUCAUCCAAAAAGAGUAGUUCUGAGUGAUGGAACUGAAGUUCCUUAUGGCCUAUUGGUAUGGUCCACAGGGGUUGGACCUUCUGAGUUUGUGAAGACACUGAACCUUCCCAAGUCUCCCGGUGGGAGGAUUGGUGUGGAUGAAUGGCUGCGUGUACCUUCUGUAGAAGAUGUGUUCGCCCUUGGGGAUUGUGCUGGUUUUCUUGAACAAACUGAAAGGCCUGUGCUUCCAGCUCUAGCUCAGGUAGCUGAAAGGGAAGGGAAGUUCCUAGUGGAGUUAUUCAACAAGAUGGGAAAACAAAAUGGAGGGAAGGCUUUCUCUGCUAAGAGCAUCCCUCUUGGAGACCCUUUUGUGUACACUCAUCUUGGCAGCAUGGCAUCAGUAGGAGGCUAUAAAGCCCUCGUUGACCUGCGCCAGUCAAAGGAUUCAAAGGGGGUCUCACUGGCUGGUUUUGUCAGCUGGCUAGUAUGGCGUUCUGCUUACCUGACACGUGUACUAAGCUGGAGGAACAGGUUUUACGUGGCAGUCAACUGGGCAACCACAUUGGUCUUUGGCAGAGACAAUAGCAAGAUCUAAUUUGGAACUUCAAACUUCAAACUUCAAACUUGACACCCCAUUCUACCUUUACAGCACAAUCAUUCACUCAAUUCUUUCCCUCUCUCUCUCUCUUUUUAUUUCUGUUAUUAGUCUUUUAAAAUUUUGAUUAUUUUUGCCUGGCAAUUUAUUAGUAUCAAAUAUAGAAAAUAAUAACUAAUUCUUGUCACAACUUUCUAUUAUUCUUAUAUUUUCUAGUACAUAAUCAAUU